AUGAUGGAGAUGGAGGACCAAUCGGAGCUCUGCUUUCCUCAACUCAUCAACAUCUCCUGCAGGAAGCCCACAUCUCAUUGGUCUGAAGGUGUUCUUUUCACUGUUCUGCUGUCCAUCAUCUGUAUCUUCACUGUGGUUCUCAACCUGAUGGUCAUCAUCUCCAUCUCCCACUUUAGGCAGCUCCACACUCCCUCCAACCUCCUCCGCCUCUCUCUCAGUGUCUCUGACUUUCUGGUGGGCCUCCUGGUGAUACCAGUUGAUAUCUACUUGAAAAUAUCCUGCUGGACUCUUGGUGAUGUAUUUUGUUUUUUGUGGUUCUCCAUGUCAUUCCUAGUGACAUCUGCAUCAGUAGGAACCAUGGUGCUGAUAUCAGCUGAUCGUUAUGUGGCUAUUUGUGAUCCUCUGCAUUAUAACACCAAAGUUACUGUGAGAAGAGUUCAACUUUGUGUUUGUCUCUGUUGGUUCUCUUCUUUUCUUUACUGUAGCAUCAUUUUGAAGGAUCAGCUAGUUCAUCCUGGAAGGUAUAUUUCCUGCUAUGAAGAGUGUGUCUUUGGUGGUGACUAUUAUGCAGGUGUUAUUGAUCUUGUUGUGACCUUCCUCCUCCCUCUCAGCAUCAUCAUCACUCUGUACAUGAGAGUGUUUGUGGUUGCUGUGUCUCAGGCGCGAGCCAUGAGCUCUCAUGUUACAUCAGUCACGCUACAGCAUUCAGUCACUGUCAGAGCAAAGAAAUCAGAGUUGAAGGCAGCCAGGACUCUUGGUGUCCUUGUCCUUGUCUUCCUCAAAAUCAAACUACACACCACCACCACCCAAACCCCUAACAGGCACAGGAGGUCACAGAGUCUAUUUGCUUCAUAUUUAAAGUUUGUGAUUAAUUUCUUCUACUUCAACUCCUGUUUAAACCCGUUGAUCUAUGCCUUAUUUUAUCCCUGGUUUAGAAGAGCUGUUAGACACAUUGUUACUUUGCACAUUCUGAAACCUGGCUUCUGGGGGUGCAACAUUCUGUAG